UAUACUUGUGAGUGUGUUCAUGUGUGCAUGCAUUCAAAAUUGGGAGUGGUGAGACAGGUACCUCCCUGAGAUUGCAGAUCCUACCUGCGUAGGCAGAUUUCACUUGUCGACUAGGAGUCGACAUGUACUGAAGUUGUCUGCAGGAGAGACAUAUCUCAGUGACUACGGAACAAACAGAGAAGACGAUACAUGAUCGAUUGACUAUGAGUGAGCAGUUGAGAGGGAGCUCCUAUGGGUCCUCGCCCCAAGAGCUGAGACUUAUUCUUUUGGGAAACAUUGGAUGUGGCAAGACCUCUUCGGCGGACACUAUCCUUGGCCAGCUGUCACCCAUCUCUCCCACUGCCUCCAGGAGCUGCCAGCUGCGACAGGGCAUCUCUGAGGGCAGGGGUUUGACUGUGGUGGAGGCGCCGAGAUGGUACUGGACCGGCGGGAAGAUGGAGGAAAGUGUCAGGGAGGAGACGGAGCGAGCGAUGACGCUGGUUGCACCAGGCCCACAUGCUAUUUUGCUGCUGGUUCCUGUUGGCCAAUUCACAGAGAUGGAAUGUCGUGUGCCUGCAGAGCUGGAGGAGGCAUUUGGGGAGGAGGUGCUGGAUCACACCCUCGUCCUGCUGACCUGUGGGGACUACUUGAUGGGAAGAACACUGGAGGAAUACCUGCAGAAAGAACACCCAGGCCUGAGGCAGAUGAUUGAGAGCUGUGGGGGAAGGUGCCAUGUCUUCAAUAAUCGUCAGCGUCAGGACAGGGAGCAAGUCCGGGAGCUGCUGGAUAAGGUGGACAACAUGGUGAAGAGAAGUGGGGUAUACUAUAUGAGAACAGCCCAGGAGAGAGAGCUGGAGAAACGAGUGAAAGAGAGAAAGCGGGAACUUAUGGAAACAUACAGAGCUCAGAGAAGAGAGCCCGUCGCUUCAACGCACAUCUUAAACACAGAAACACGAAGGAGUGUGGAUCGUGUGGAUAGAGGAGAGGAGUACAGCACCAUCUUGGAGAGGAGGAGAGAAGAGAGGCAUGAAACAGAGGAAAGUGUGGGUGUGAGGCAAAGAUCUAACGGGCUUCAUUCAACUCCAGCACCAGAGCAACAGUCCUAUUCAGAGCCGCAUGAUGACAGACAGUUCAAGAGGACUCCCAGCUUCAAAUUAAAUGCAGAUGGAGCUAUACUCUCACAAAUGUCUGAGGGUAAAUCAACUCCCAAAGUGGUCACUACUUUACACCACAGAAUGAACAGCUUUGAAGAGAGAUCCCCUGAGGCAUCUCCGACCUCCUCUCCUUAUUCGCCUGUCUUUACCUCUUCCCCCUCCUCGCCAACCUUUACCUCUUCUCCCACCUCAUUCCCCAGAUCCUCCUCUCCAACCUCAUUCCCCAGAUCCUCUUCUCCCACCUCAUUCCCCAGAUCCUCCUCUCCUACCUCAUUCCCCAGAUCCUCCUCUCCAACCUCAUUCCCCUCGUCCUCCUCAUCUUCUUCAUCCUCUCCGGAGCUGCGCCUGGUGCUGUUUGGGCGAUCUGGAUCAGGGAAGAGUACAGCUGGCAACAGCAUACUGGGGCGGGAGGUGUUUGAGUCAUGCCCAGACAGCCUCACAGCAGUCACUCAGGAGUGUGAGAAAAAGAAAUCCAUGGUUGAGGGAAGACAGGUGGCAGUAGUGGACACCCCAGACUGGUACAAUUCAGAGCGAGCUCCAGAUGAGGUGCGAGCUCAGAUCUCCUCCUGUGUUGCUUUGUCCAGCCCCGGCCCUCAUGCCUUCCUCAUGUGCGUCCCCUUAGACCAGCCUGCAAAGACCGAACUGAAGGCUCUUGAGGCCCUUGAGAAUGUUUUUGGCCCCGAGGCGGUCCAGAGACACACUAUUCUCCUCUUUACUUACGCAGAUAAACUGAGGGAGAGUGGGAAGGCAGGCAGUGACAGCGUGGAGGCAUACAUUGCUGGUCAGCGGAGGGAUUUGUUAAAGCUCGUGGAGAAAUGCGGGGACAGGUUUCAUGUGAUGGAGACAGGAGGAGGUUGGAGGGAGAGGAGGAACGUGGCAGAGCUGCUAGAGAAGGUGGAGCAGACAGUGAAGGAAAGUGGAGGACAGUGUUAUUCUCAUCCUGCUUUUCAAGAGGCAGAGACCAGACUGAGGCAGAGACAGGUGCAGCUAGCAAGGGAGAGAAGGGGAGAAAUAGUGGAGCAAGACAGACUGGCAGACGAUAAACAGCUCAGCUCUGAAAGGCGGGUUCUCUAUCCAUAUAUGCAGACUGUGGCUGAGGCAGAGGAGGAAGUGUUAGAGGAUGAGAUUGAGAAAACAAGGGAUGAGGCAGAGAUGAGUGUAAAAACAAUGAAUAAUGAGAGCCUUCCUCCUAUUACACGUUCCACCAUGUCCCCUUCACUUCUUCGUUCCAUUAUGGAGAAAAUGGAGUCCAGUGCAAAGAUGUUACCCAAACUUUUGGCAGAUAGCUCUGUGUGGGUUGGUGAGGGAGCAAAGAAGGUGAAAGAUAGUCCGGUGUGGGGGACAGUCGGCACUACAGCAAAAAAUGUCCAGAAGAUUGUGGCUGAUAGUCCUGUGUGGGGGAAGGUGGGAGCUGGUGCUGGACAUGUGUCCAAACUAGUAGGAGAUAGAGUUCCCAAGUCAGUGGUGGAUGGUUCUGCAUGGGUGGGAUCUGGAGCAAAGGCAGCAGCAGCUAGUCCAGUUUGGGGAAAAGUUGGUUCAGGGGCCAAAUCAGGGGCCAAAAUAGUGGCGGAAAACUCCAUGCGUGUCGGAUCUGGGAUUGGAGCCGGGGCAAAGAAUUUGGCGCAGAGUCCUGUGUGGGGAAAAGUAGGAUCUGGGGCCAAAACUGGAGCUAAAAUGAUGGCUGACGGCUCUGUGCGACUUGGAGCUGGAAUUGGUGCUGGUGCAAAGAAGGUGGCGCAGAGUCCAGUGUGGGGGCAGAUUGGCUCUGGGGCAAAAUCAGGGGCCAAAAUGGUGGCUGAGAGCCCAAUGUGGGAGAAAAUUGGGAAUACUGCUAAACAGGUGCCCAAGGUAGUCAUAGGGGGCGCAGUGCUGGGUCUGGUGCUUGGUGUGCUUUUGGGGGGGGUGAUUGGCGGAGCUAUCGGGGCAGCUGCUGGAUCUGCGGUAACUGAGGUGGGCAGACGAAAAUUCAGCAACAAAAACACUUUAGAAAAGACGGAUGAAGCUGCAAAAAAUGUGGCAAGAACAGUGAAUGAUAGCAUUGACUCUCUGGUAAAGCAAGGAGAGAAAGUAUUGAAAACUGAAUGAACAGCUGAAUUGUUCAUGUAUAUAAAAUGUAAAACACAUGUAAAAACAUUAAGUUGAAUUAGUACCAUCAAAGUGCAUAAUUCCAAAACAGUGACACAUAUAUUUGUUUAUUUUGACAGAUUGAUGAUGUGUGAAACAUACACUUUUCUAUUAAUCUUUCUUUCUGUACUAAUAGACUGCAUGUUACAGGACUCAUUUCAGAAUACUUGUGUCAAAAUGUAUUAACUAUUAUAUAAACAGAUGCCUUAAGACAAAUCCAAACUGUAAUUUUUUUCCAUUAUUUUUUUAAAGGUCCAAUGUGUUGGAUGUCUGAAUAUAUAGGCAAUAAUGGAAUGUAAAAUGUUUUUGGCGUAUAGUCAUCGGAAAAUAAGAAUCGUGUUUUUGUUACCUUAGAAUGAGCCGUUCGUUCAUGGAGUCUGCCUUGUUGCACCACCAUGUUCUGCAGCAGCCCAGAUCAAACACUGGCGCGUUUUUGUGUUGGCCACCGUAGUUGGCAGCCUCUCAGCGACGAGCAGUGUUGAGAAAAAUCCAGAUUCUAUAAUGUGAAACUGCUUUAUUUAGUGUUUUGCCAAUUUAAAAUGCUGGGUCUGUUUAUUUUGAAAUGGAGGAGACCUCUGCAGACAAUCGGCUCCUGCUAAAGACCUCCUGAACGCCUUGAUCAGAAAUAAGGUGUACACACAUUAGCAGGGGCUGGGCAAGCAGCCCAUCUCUGACAUGCCUAGACACUGAUUUGUAACGUAAAACUUCAUUCAUACUUCAUUCAACUUUUUUUUUAACUGUUAUUAAUCAUCUGGUCUCUAUGCUUUGGAGAGGAAGAGACUUCUGCUGAUAAUUCGGCUCCUGGUGAAAACCUCCUGAUGCCACUGAACUCCCCUAAAUCGUACACAUUGGACCUUUAGGUUUCCUUCCAGCAGCUUAUAAAUAAAGUUGGGUGUGACGUUUUUUCAAAGGGUGAAUGUCACUCACACUAAAUGGUAUGUUCUAGAUAUGAUUUUGACAAAAUGAACUUGGCUAAACUUGGCUAAAUUGAUUUUGUUUGUGCAAGUGACAAACACUUAGGUGCUUGUCCUAUAUACUGUUUGCAAGAUGUCAUUCUGUAAGAAAAUAGAAAAUAUUUUGAACCUAUGAUUUAUUAUAAUUUCCUUUUCAUUUCUUAAUGUCUGAAUACUGUGCUAUGAGUGCUAGUAGUGCCUAAUAAAAAAAAGAACA